AAUGAAAACAAAGAGGAAAUUUUAAUUCAAUAAAUAAUGUGGUUAAUUAAAGAUAAUUGUCAGUAUUUCAUGUUAUUAGUACUUGAAAUACAGACCACUAGGUUUCUAUUAAUUCAUGAUUUUUUAUGGAAUAUCAAAAUAUUAAAUUAUCACCAACACAAGUAUCACAAACAUUAACAAUGACAACAGAACAACAACAAGAUAAAACAUUUAAAAAUUCCGAUGAACCUCAACUAGAUACUAAUAAAGAAGAUGAUACACUUUUUGAAUAUUCAAAAGUUAGUGAAGUUGAAACUGUUUCAAAAGACAAAUUACCAAAUUCAUUAUCACAAAUUUCAGUUAAUACUCAACCAUUGAAUGAUUAUGAUAAAUCACAAGAGGCAACAAAUUCAACAGACAACACACCAACAAGUGAUACAAAAUCCAAAACAAAUGUUCCUCCACUAAAAAAGAUCAUACGAUCAUCCAUUACAGAAACUGAAGAAGUUAAAGAGAAGUCUGUCAAAUCUUACUUUGAUACUGUUUCAUCAGCUGGUUAUCCUACAUCACCACCGGACUUUUCUGAUUAUGUUAAGACACGUGUAACAAAUAAAUACCCAAGUUAUUCAUCUUCUUGCAGUUCAUAUCAAUAUCAUCAUCAUGUAGAAAAUUUACCUAAAAAAUCGGAUGAAAAUAUCAAUGGUCACAGUAAUUUGACAUCACAUAAAGUUUUAUCUACGGUUACUAAAUUAGCACCAGAGAGUAAUGUGCCUCAAACAAAUAAUUAUGAAAGUAUAUCAAGACCACAAAUCAGUGUUCCUAUUAAAAUACGACGUAUACCACAAGAUGUUAGGGUAAUUCACACAUCAAAUACACCUACCUUAAAUAGAUUAGAUGAAUUUAAACGGAGCUGUGAACGAGCAACAAGACAAUGGGAACAAGUGAUCAAUAAUAAAAAUGGUAAUAAAUUGACAGAAGAAAUAAUGGUUCGCAGAAUAGCUGAAUUGGAAUCCUGUGUAAAAGAGGCUGAAAAUUUAUUAAAAUUAUUUGUAGCAGAAGUCCGUGAUGUACGUGCAACAGCUGAUUAUUGGUCAAAGAAAACAACAAAUUUAGAAAAAUCUUAUCAUAAUUUACAUGGAAAAGUUAAAGAUUAUCGUUUUAAUGCAAAACAAAGUGAAAAUGAAUAUUUGAAAGCUAUGGAAGAACGUGAUUACUUUUUACAAAGUCUACGAGAAUCAGAAACAAGAGAACAAAACUUAUCAAAUUUACUUCAACGUGUUGAAGAUGAAUAUAAUACAUUAUCAAGAGAUAUAAGAAUUUUAGAACGAGCUCAUGCAAAAAAAGAUCGUCAAUUACAAAAUUUAUUAUUAGAAAAAAAUGAACUUUCUAGAAAAAUUAUACAUUUAGAAUCAACUUUGCAUAAAUUAAAAAAUCGAGCAGAAUACACAUAUCGGCAAAAACACUCAUCUCAUAAAGAUGAACCCAUAAGUCGACUUCAUACCCAACUUGGUGAUGAAUCUGAAUAUGUACUAAGUGACUUCGGUUCAUUAGAUAGAAACCAAAAGAUAUACACAAUGACUGCAUCAAUAGAUGAAAGACAGAACAAAAACACUCUAAUUGGUAUUAAUCAAAAUUUAGAUGAUUCUGAUACGUAUAUACCACAAAAAUCGGAUUCAUUCAAAGUCUGUGGAUCAGUAGAAUUAUUAGAUGGUAAAAAACAAAGCUAUUUGUCCAACAAAAACAUGUCAGAUUCUUUAAUAACUACAAAAAUAAGUGAAAAUAAUAUCAAUACACAGGAUCAUAAAGAUUCACUUGAUGAUCAAAAUAUUGAUUUGUCACCAACAACAAUUGGCAAUGAUGAACAGAUUCAUCAUCAAUCAGAACAUUUAAUACAGCAUCGAUCAGUUGAAAAAAGUAUGGAUGAUUUAUCGGAUACUUUAGUAGAUUUAAAUAAUUUAACUAGGCAAGAUGAUAUGGAUAUUGAGAUACAACCAAGAGAUUCAACAAAUAAUUACCAUAGAAAAUGGAGUAUUGCAUCCGAUUAUCAAUAUUCGCCUAAUCAACAUAUUAAGUCAUUAAAAAAAGAUGCUUUAUCAACUGAAGAUGAAUCAUUAAAACAUAGAUCUCAAGUACAAGUUGUUGUUGGGCGAUCACCAUCAACUGAAAAAAAACGAAGGACAGUUCAUACCAGUCAUUCACAUAAAAAGUAUUCAUACAAGAAAAUUUUUGAUCAGCCUGUAUUGCCAUCUGUAUUCAGUACUAACAGCCUUCGAUUUAAUAGACAUCGUCCAGCAUCAGUCUCUGGUUAUCUGGAUGAAUGCGCACUAAACAGGUCGUACGAUUUAUACCCUGUACCAUCGUCAGCUAGACCAAGUACCAGUUUUGGACAUUUACAUAAUUCUAAACGUUUAAAAUCACUGGAAAGAGAUUAUUAUACAUCUUGUCAAAAUUUAAGUACAAAACCUUACUCCACUGUAAAACUGAAUCGUCAAGUAAAUCGACAACCUCUCAUUAUUCACUCACAUUCAGAUCGUCGUUUAAGAGAUAUGCAACAUGCGAAUUAUUUACGUCAUGGUAAUCGCAUGGAUAACGAAUAUGAACGAAUUUACUUUCCCCAGUCAUAUUCAUCACAUCAUUUAAAAAUUCCAGAAAAGACAUGUUUGGAAAGUAGCUUAGAUCAUAUCAAUCUUGAAGUGGAUCGUUUACGAGAUUGUAUUAAAUUAUUAAAUCCAUAAACAAAGUAUUGUGAUAGUUUAAAAUAAAAAUUUUUUUUUAAAAAAGAACAUAAAUAAUCAAUUUUCUUUUUAUAUUACAAUGCAUAAAUAUAUGCGAAUAUUUUAGCUUACAUAAUUGAACAGAGUAAAUGUUGUCAAAGAAAUAUAAACGUAUUUUAAAUAUGAAUUGAUCAAAUUAACAAGCGGGAAUUUCAAAUUAUGGAUUCAAUAAAUUUCUACAUAUAAACAUUUUUGUUUCCAAGAAAAUAUACUACUGACUAAAAAUAUUCAAAUACACAUAUCAUUUUUUUAGAAAAAAUACAAAAUAAGUAUUUCCAUAAUUUUGUAAUCGGCAACUUAAUUGAUAAAUGUAAUUUUUUUCUAAAGUCAUUAUUUCUUUUUAUUAAUUGAAUAUUAGUUAUUGAGCAUCAUUAUUGUUGUUCUAUUUUGUCUGUUUCGAUUUUUGUUUUCUCAUUUGAAAUAAACGAUGAUGAAUAGAAUUGAUUUUUCAAGUGUAUUUUUGCUUCUCAUUUUAUUGUCAUUAAACAAUUUGAGUACUUAUGUAUUAAUGUUCAUAAUGUCUAAUACUUAACGAAUGUGUUGUGAGUGUUUUGGCCACUAAGUAAACAUGUUUCUUAGUUACCUAUUUGCUGGAUUUCUUUGAAAGUAUACAGAAUUCUCUUUCUUGUUGAUGACUUUAUUCAUAAUGGUUCCGAGAUUAAUUUUUGUCAGUGGUAUAAUAAUAACUGAAGAACCAAUGAAAAAUCGGAGAUUGAUUCAGUACCCAUUCGUUAUAAACACUUUCAAGGAUUUAAAUCUACAACUUUCAAACUUCAUAUUGACUACACAACUUAUAGACCGCUGAAUAAAAAGGUGAACAUUUCUCAUUUUUAGUUUAAAAACCAUUCAUAUUAAAGAAUUGUUGUCGAAACGUGUUUAAUUCAAGGAUUCAGCACAGAACAAAUACUUAUAUAUCGAAUAUGAGUAUCUAUUUCGAAUACAUUUUAUUUGAAACAGUAAAUACACCAACUCAUCCAGGUUGACAUAAUAUUAGAAUCAUAUUUCAGUUUGUUACUUAUCGUUAAAUUUUGUCUGAUUAGUAAGAAUUAGUAAACGUUGAUAUGAUAAUUUGAUUUUGUAGUCAAGUGUUUACCUGGAAUCUGUACUUUUGUGAGAAAGACAAAUGUGAUAUUCUCCGAAAUAAAACAAAUAAGAAAAUCAGUCAUAAUCUACAUUUCAGUAUCAUUGUCAAGAACAUAAAAUUUAAUAAUGUUUACCAUGAAUACUUAUAUUUAUUAUGUGAUCAUAUUUUAUGUUUGCUGAACAAUAUUCGGUUUUGAUUAGACAGAUAGAUGUAUUUGACAAUGAAAGCCAAAAUUACGGUAAAAGAAGGUAAGCUAGAAUCUAUUGCUUACUAGUUAAUAGUUAAAAUAGUUUUGAACAUUUUAUCUAACUACUACAUGUUAAAGUUUGACUAAUAAAGCUCAAUAAAGUUUAAACUGACAACCGGUGUCUGCAUUUAUUCUAUCGCUAAUUUAACAUAGCACAAAUAAAUAAAUUAAUCACAAGAUUUGAAAAAUAACUUGUGACAGUUACUUUAUGUUCGUACCCUUCAAUUAAACCUGUGGUUCACUGAUGUUACAUAUGUCAUGUAGAAACAAGGAAAAUGUACCUAUAGUGUUUAAUGCUUGUAUAAUAUUUAAUUUGAAUUUACUUGUUCCAGAAUCAUCUUAUAAAUUAAAAGUUGAUUCACUUGCAUAAUGGAUAAAGAACAUUUUAUUUGACUAGCUAUUAUACUGCAACAUUCAAUUCAUCUGUUUUCACAGGUCAAGUAUCACUUGGGUAAAUAUUAAAUGGUCUGUGAUUUACUUCAAGCUAAAUUUUCGAUAUAUUGUUCAAGUCAAUUCUUCAAACCCAUGCAUAGUGAUUGUUAUUGAUGUUACAACCAAUACUAAUAAGAGAUCUACGCACAAAGUUAUGUAUACUAUUUAAAGGUUUUUGCUCCUUAAUUUUUUAAAUACUUCAGAAGAGGUCAUGUCGAUUAUAAGCUAUCAACAAAAUGCUUAUUCACAAUGCAAAAUAAAUGUUUUUUUCACAAACCAACACUUUCAAGAGUAAUUAAGUUUUCGGAAGCAACAAAGCCUUAAUCGACACUAAAUAUGUUAUAAAUAUUGUCAACAUUUAGUUCUAACAGUCAAUAUACAAUUUGAGAUGUCAGAAAGUAAGGGACUGGGACACGCAAACAUUACCACCAAACUAACAAGGUUAAAGGUAGUUGAUCUUAGAUACUUGGGCGAAAUUCCAUAUCCGACUAUGGAUAAAUUUAAAAAUGUGUAAUUAAGUAAGAACUAGAUGAAACCUAAUAAUAUCUAUUAACUGAGAUUUCCAAUUAAUGAACGAAAAAUUAAAAAAUGCUAAUGAAAUCGAAUAUGAGAAAGUGAUUUGAUUUUCAUGGGAAAAACAAUAAUAAGCAAAUCGAAAUAAGAUGUAUAUAAAAUCUCAACAUCAUCUCUGACCUCUUCAAUACUAAAUAAAUGUGAUUAAAAUGUUGAAAUUAAAUAAAUAUAGUUAUGAGUAUUUAUCAUUACGUUUGAAAAAUAUUCUUCAAUCCUGAAUCUAACUCCUAUCACCCCAAGUUAACCCCUUAAUUUAUC